AUGAAGAAUCCUCCCUUUCUUCCAAUUGGAAGCAUAAUCCAUGAUAGAGAUACGAAUGAGUCCUUUGAAAUAACUGAAAUGAUAGGGCGAGGAGGAUUUGCCCAGUGCUUUUCCGUGCGGAAUUUAAAAACACAGGCAGUAUUUGCUGCCAAAAUAAUUAAGAAAUCAGAAUUAGUCCGGGCAAAGAAUAAGCAGAAGCUACUUUCAGAAAUAAAAAUUCAUCUGUCGGUGAAUCACAAGAACAUAGUAAAGCUCUUCACAUAUUUUGAAGAUAAAGAUUUUGUAUUCCUUAUUAUGGAAAUAUGUCGGAACAAGAGUAUGAUGGAUCUUCUGAAAAGAAACAAGUCAAUAGAAGAGAAAUAUGUAAAAAUAUUUCUGCUGCAAAUUAUUUCUGCUCUGGAGUAUCUACAUAGGGAGUGCUCUGUAGUCCACAGGGACAUGAAGCUAGCAAAUCUGUUCCUGGAUGAUGGGUUUAACAUAAAGGUGGGAGAUUUUGGGCUGGCGGCUGUUAUAGACAGAGAAGAAAGAAAGAAGACCAUAUGCGGUACACCGAAUUAUAUUGCACCAGAGGUACUUUUUGGAUCGGAGGGCGGCCACUCUUUUGAGGUUGAUAUUUGGUCGGUUGGUGUGAUAAUAUAUACGAUGAUAGUUGGCAAGCCACCCUUCCAGAAGAGUGAUGUAAAGGAGAUAUAUAAGUCUAUAAAGACAAACAGCUACACGUAUCCAGAAGACUGUAGGAUUUCAAAAGAGGCGAAAGAUUUGAUUUCUGGAUUGCUUGAGCUAGAUCCAAGGAAGCGGUAUACGCUGGAGCAGAUAUACACUUCUCCUUUUAUUUUGAAUGGGUAUAGUGCUUCUGUAGGAAAGCACCCCGUGCCUUUAUAUAACGAGCAGGGGCAAGCACAGCACACAAGAAGCCCUACACAAAUACAAAGCGAGCCAAGAGUGCCAAUCUCACAGAAUGAACCGCCCAGGGCCACUAGUACUCUGCCGAUUUCAGAUAAACCAAUGGGAAUAUCUCGAAUGGGCAGUACAGCUGCCAGAAGUAAUAUAGCAAGCAGCACUCUGCGGCCAGCGCCCAUCAAAAUGGGCCUUCUCUCAUCUGUCCACAUGACGGUCCUUUCUUUGCUGAAUAAGUAUGAGAAUUCUUCUGUUCCUAUAAGUACAAGAUGCCCAGAUGAUUUUGUUACACAUACUGUAGACUACACAGAUAAAUAUGGUUUGGGAUACAUGCUUACUUCUGGAACAGCCGGGAUCUUAUUUAAUGACUGCACAUCAAUGGUCUUGAGGAAGACAGCGGUUGAUCUUAUAAGAAAGAAAGUGCCAAACUAUGAGUUUGAGUAUUUUGAGCACAAGGUGUAUGGAACCCAGAAAAUUAUCACAAAAGAAAAGUAUACAGUUGAGACUGCCAGCGGCAAAUUGGACAAGAAAAUACUUUUAGUAGGACAUUUUAUACAGGGUCUAUUUAAACAGCACGGCCAAAUGAGCAGUAGAGUAUCUGACCAGACAACAUUUGUUAUUAAGCAUGUUAACUUUGCCAAAGGUCCUGUGCUCAGACUAAGCAAUCGAGUCAUUGUAUUUAUAGUUGAUGAAAGCGUUCUUGUAUUCCACAGCGAAGGAAGAAGUAUAUACUAUGAAGGGCGACAAUAUAUAGAAAGGGACAUGUUGGUAUACUGCCAAGAGGUUCUAUCUAUACUUCUUAAGAAGUAAUGGCGUAUUACAGCUUUGUGCUAAAAUCUAAUGAAUUAUAAAUAAUGGAUAUUUUUACCCAGGAAAGUACAGCACAGCUUUCACAGUUAGCAGA